CAUCACCAAUGGACGGUGUUGUUCUGGAAAUGCGGGAACCUGUUGUUUUUAUAUUUUGUUCGUUUUAAUAGUUUUAAGUCUAUUUACACCCCACGAAUUUAAAAUGGCUGACUACUGGAAGUCACAACCAAGGAAGUUCUGUCAGUACUGUAAGUGCUGGAUAGCGGACAACAAACCUAGCGUCGAGUUUCAUGAGAGAGGGAAGAAUCACAAAGAAAAUGUGGCUGCUAAAAUUUCAGAGAUCAAGAAGAAGAGCGUUCAAAAGGCGAAGCAGGAGGAGCGCAUGUCAAAACAGUUUGCGGCGAUGGAGGAGGCAGCGCUGAAGGCCUAUGAGGAGGAUCUGAAGAGGAUGGGAAGGGAAGCAGAUGGAUCAAGCUCUCCUGUCAGAGCAACCCCACAACCACAGCCACAACUACAGCCACAGCCACAACCUCGAACUCAAGUGAGAACUCAGCCCAAAAAGUCCAAAAAGAAAGCAGAGAAAGCAAGCAGGAAGUCCAGAGAGCCGGCAGCAGCACAGGUUUGGGUGGAAGGCCUGACAGACGAUGGACACACGUACUACUACAACACAGUGACUGGAGAGUCUCAGUGGGAAAAACCUGCAGRUUUCCAGGGUGAAAGUCCAGCCCCUGCACAGUUUGAACAGCCGGAGAGUUCCUCAGGUUCUUCUUGGAUGGAAGCGGUCAGUCCUGAUGGUUACACAUACUACUACAACACAGAAACUGGAGAGUCCAUUUGGGAGAAACCAGCAGGUUUUCCUUCUAAUGAGGCGUCGGGAUCCAGCAAAGAGGAGGAGAGCCAGGAGGAGCCUUCAGCGCCGGAGCCGCUGUCUGCAGGAGAGGAGAGCUCUGACGUGGCAUCGCAGGAGGCAAAAGUACCUGAACAAGCCGACCAGGAGCCCAAAGUCCCAAAAAUCAACUUUAGGAAAAGAAAAGCAGAAACAGAGCUUUUGGAAAACCAAGACGAUAAAAGUAACGACGACGUUCCAAAGGAGGAAGAGAAAGAAACAGAAACAAAAGAGGAGGAGAGCGAGACAAAACCAGCCGAAGCUCAAAGCUCAGUAGCCAAAGCCGAGAGGACAGAGGUAAAGGUGACGCAGGUGGAGAUUCGAAUAAGAAGACCAAAAGCUGCCAAUCCGUACGGAGCAUGGGAGAAAAUCCAACAAGAGAAGGAUCCAUACGCCAGCGUGGACCUGCAGCUGCCUCAGGUGGAGGAGGACGCAGCGGUCGCUCCGGACGACCCGCCGCCUGAACCCAAACCUAAGUUCAGGGAACGAGUGGUCACCUCGCUCGGGGACGAGAGCGGACCUGCUUCCUUCAGGAAAAACAAGACUCAGAAUGGGAAAUCCAGGAGCCUGCGACAGAGGGACAAUGAUGACUGAGCAACGAACCUCCCCCCAAUAAACAACCCUAACCAAACGUGAACGCUGCAGCUUUUACAAAAAUAAUUCAUUCUGGGAACGCUUCCAUGCAUCAUCACCAUCUUUUUAUCAAGAUUUUUAUGUUUCUUUACACCUAUUUUAUUUUUGAAGACAACUUUCUGUUAUAUUUUGGCAUUAUUUUAACGUUUUAUUUUUGUGAAGGCUCCUGUUUUGUGAGCUCGAAGUUCACCKAUAAAUUAAAACACUCUUCUUGUUUCUGGUAGAGGUUGUAUAAAAGGAGCAGGGUGUCUUUGGGCCAGCAGUUUGACAACUUUUACUGGAAGAUAUUCAGAAAAGUGAUCAAACUAAAUGAAAGGGAUGUGAUUUUGGUGGACUCAGGGUCAAAUGGGGGGGCACAGACGUGGGGUGGGACAUAAACAGUGUCUGUCAAGGACAGAUAGGUGGUCUCACCACACCCUGACCCUGGCAAACAACCAUAAAAAGUCACUUAAAAACAAACAAAACUGCUCUUUUUUUUUCUUUUUUUAACAACCCUUUUCCAAAAUAACUGGGACGUGUAAAACAAAUACAAAUAUAAUGCAACAAUUGCAAAUCCUGUAAACCCUUAAAUUACUCACAGUGAAAGAUGGUUCGUUUAUCAAACAYCAAAACUAACAAAUUGUGUAUAUUUUUAUAUAUAUUAAAUGAAGUAUAUUUGAAUUUUA